AUGGGAGCUGAUACAGUAAAAACCUACUUUGGAGACCUCCAGGUCGAAGCAGAGGUCGUCCAAGGGGACUUUGACAACCUACCCAUUAUCGACGUGGCGUCGCUCGACAGUCCUGACAUCGAGGACCGUAAGCAACUCGCUGCACAGAUCUUCGACGCCUGCACACGAGUCGGUUUCUUCUAUAUCAAACGCUUCCACGGCUACAGCCCGCUCGGCGGCGAACACAGCGACAAAGAGCUCUUCGGCGAGCAGACGAACCUCUCCGAGUCGUUCGAUAUCGGCUACGAUAUCGAAUGUGAUCCAGACAAGUCUUGCGCUGAUAGUCUCCCGCCUGACCCGUACGAGUUGUACGGUGGGAAUCUCUGGCCCAGCCCGGAGGUCCUGCCGGGGUUCAAGGAGACAUAUGUCGAGUACUUCAAGGCCUGUCUGCGUCUGAGCCGGAAGCUCAUGAGGAUAUUUGCGUUGGCGCUGGGCCUUGAGGAAGGCUAUUUUGACCAGUUCGUCACCUUCCCAGGCUGCAUGUCGCGCAUCCUCCACUAUCCGCCGCAGCCUGUGCCGGGCGAGGAGAAAGUCGGUAUUGAAGCACAUACGGUAGGAUAUUCCUCCCUGUCUGUGAGGGCUCAGACACUGAAGGUGCUAGGACUACGAAUGCUUCACUAUACUGGCCCAGGACCAAGUGCCGGCUCUGCAGGUCCUCAAUACCCGUCGCCAGUGGGUGAGCGCACCGCCGCUUCCCGGGACGCUUGUGGUUAA